AGAGACCGGGGCCAUUUCGCGAGGCGGACGGGCUCCUCGGCAGGCUCCGAUUGGGGUGGGAGCGCGGCCGCCGAGGGGCCCGCAGUAGCUGCGCUCACGGGGAAGGAGCCCCACAGUCCCCAGGUAAGGAAGCCGCGGGGCAGGCGAAGGGCGGGGAAGGAGGAGCCUGAGCGUUCCGGUACCCAACCCUCUCUCUUUCUUGACCUUCCUCCCCUCUGCCCCUUCAUCCUGGGCGCGGAGGGCGGAACAGUUUCUGGACCAGAGCACCCGCGAGAAGCAGGGAGCGGCCGCACAGCAGCCAGAAGAGGGCGCCAGCACCCCGGGGCCGGGGCUACAGGGCUGGCUCUGACCCGGCGUCCCGCCCCUGCCCCGGGGAACGCUGCCUCUGCCGCAAAGAUGCCCCCUUCCGCUGGAAAGCGGUGCCUCCCUGGGUGCUCGCGAAAGCAGCCCUGAGAAUGGCAGCUCUCAGAGGUUGAAGUCAUUCUUUUCGGGGGACGGGGCACGGCGACUGUUUGAUUGGGGGUGUUCUGGCGCGUGCCCACAGUGCCCCCAGACCCUCCGCUCGCCCGUGCGCCGAGGUCGUCGGGUUUUAGACCCAGAGAGCACGUUCCGUAAGCUCCCGGCCCAAAUCCCCUCGGAAAAAUUAAUCACAACGACCAGCGGAUGCAAAAUGUGUGCCUGUGUUGAGUCUGUCUUUUAAUCCCGAACGUAAUUCUAAAAAGCAGCAUCAGACAAGAGCUUUAUUAAUCCCUUACACGAGCAAAUGCGAUCUCUGACCUACUAGACUUGUUUUCCUACAAUUUCAAAAAAAGCCUCGCUAGAGGAAUGUGCAAGGACAGAAGGGAAACUGAGGAGACCGGCAACUCAUUAGCGAAAUAAUAGGGUGCACUGCAAUAAAAAUGCGGUCCUGAAGUGGAGCAGACUCACCUGCAAGGAGCCCGGAAAAUCGACAGGGGCGGUGGCAAAGUCAUAAAAGCCACCUGGGGUGUCAUUUAUCAACCUCUCUCCAGCCCACUCUUCCAAAAUAACACUACAGUUUCCUACAUGUGUAUUUUUGCCAGGACUCCAAAGAGCCUUGCUAAAGUGGAACAAGCAAAAUCCUCCCCUGGCCUCCUGGGACUGCAGUCACCAGGCUCUCAAAGCCUCAAUACCCCACUGAGUUCCAGAGAAGGGUCUCAAAGCUGGGAGAGGAUCAAACUAACAUGGAGUAGAGAAUUGAACUGUGAAAAAGAAGCCCGAGAUUCCCCAGCGACGUGGUGUUGCAGCCCCAUUGAAGGAGUCAACUUGCAGGCUGUUAAAGACCUCAAGUCAUUAGCAUCAGCUGCUGCACUAAAGGGGCAAGUCAGCGCCUCUAAGUGGCUUAGCGCACAAACGAGGCUCCCGAGACGGCCUCGGCAACUCCAUCCCCUCCUCCACCACCCGCUGGAUGUGAAAAGCUUUCCGGAGCCCAUCUUGUCUUUUUCUCCCCAUCUCUCCAUCUCUCUCUUAUCUCUUCGUGAAGAGCCUAAAAGGCGGCAACACCAACACCUCUUGACAUGGAAAUACACUGAUACAAUAGGCAAAAGGAAACACUCGAUUGCAUCUUCCCGGUUCCAGGUGGCCUUAUCUGGGAGAUUCUAUACUGACCUUAUUCCUGUGAUGGAGGAUACUGGCAUCCAGCGAGGCAUCUGGGAUGGAGAUGCCAAGGCUGUCCAACAAUGUCUGACAGAUAUUUUUACCAGCGUUUACACCACCUGCGACAUCCCUGAGAAUGCUAUAUUUGGUCCCUGUGUCCUGAGCCAUACUUCCCUAUAUGACAGCAUAGCUUUCAUAGCUCUCAAGUCUACUGACAAGAGAACAGUACCGUAUAUCUUUCGGGUAGACACCUCAGCAGCAAAUGGUUCCUCAGAAGGUCUCAUGUGGCUGCGGUUGGUCCAAUCGGCCAGAGAUAAGGAAGAGCAGAACCUUGAAGCCUACAUAAAAAACGGACAGCUGUUCUACCGCUCUCUCCGCAGGAUUGCCAAAGACGAGGAGUUACUAGUUUGGUACGGGAAAGAACUGACUGAGUUACUCUUGCUCUGCCCCUCUAGAUCCCACAACAAAAUGAAUGCAGGGUCGUCCCCUUACACAUGCCUGGAAUGCAGCCAACGUUUCCAGUUUGAGUUCCCCUAUGUGGCGCAUCUGCGUUUCCGCUGCCCCAAGAGACUUCACAGCGCUGAUAUAAGUCCCCAAGACGAGCAAGGCGGCGGCGUGGGCACCAAGGACCACGGGGGCGGCGGCGGCGGUGGCAAAGACCAGCAGCAGCAGCAGCAGGAGGCACCUUUAGGCCCGGGUCCCAAGUUUUGCAAAGCCGGCCCCCUCCACCACUACCCAUCCCCCUCCCCAGAAAGCAGCAACCCACCCGCUGCCGCCGGCGGCAGCAGCGCGAAGCCAUCCACAGACUUCCACAACCUGGCCAGGGAGCUGGAAAACUCCCGGGGAGGCAGCAGCUGCUCCCCAGCCCAGAGCCUCAGCAGCGGUAGCGGCAGCGGCGGCGGCGGCGGCCACCAGGAGGCGGAGCUGAGUCCCGACGGCAUCGCCACGGGCGGCGGCAAAGGAAAGAGGAAAUUCCCGGAGGAGGCGACGGAGGGUGGCGGUGGCGCUGGUCUGGUAGGGGGCCGGGGCCGCUUCGUAGAGCGGCCCCUCCCGGCCUCCAAGGAGGAUCUGGUGUGCACACCGCAGCAGUACCGAGCCUCGGGCAGCUACUUCGGCCUGGAAGAGAACGGCCGCCUCUUCGCGCCGCCAAGUCCCGAGACGGGCGAGGCGAAGCGCAGCGCCUUCGUGGAGGUGAAGAAGGCUGCCCGCGCGGCCAGCCUGCAGGAGGAGGGGACAGCCGACGGCGCGGGAGUCGCCUCCGAGGACCAGGACGCUGGCGGCGGCGGCGGCUCCUCCACGCCCGCGGCCGCGUCGCCGGUGGGCGCCGAGAAGCUGCUGGCCCCGCGGCCUGGGGGCCCGCUGCCCAGCCGGCUCGAGGGCGGCAGUCCUGCGAGGGGCAGCGCCUUCACUUCGGUGCCGCAGCUGGGCAGCGCGGGCAGCACGGGCGGUGGGGGCGGAACGGGCGCCGGGGCCGCAGGCGGCGCGGGCGGGGGCCAGGGCACCGCGUCGGACGAGCGCAAAAGCGCCUUCUCGCAGCCAGCACGCUCCUUCUCGCAGCUGUCCCCGCUGGUGCUGGGCCAGAAGCUGGGCGCGCUCGAGCCAUGCCACCCCGCCGACGGCGUGGGCCCCACCAGACUCUAUCCCGCCGCUGCGGACCCUCUAGCGGUGAAGCUCCAGGGGGCCGCGGACCUGAACGGAGGUUGCGGGUCCCUGCCGAGCGGCGGCGGCGGCCUGCCUAAGCAGAGCCCCUUCCUGUACGCCACCGCCUUCUGGCCCAAGAGCUCCGCUGCCGCUGCAGCCGCGGCUGCGGCGGCGGCCGCGGGGCCCUUGCAGCUGCAGCUGCCCUCGGCGCUCACGCUGCUGCCGCCCUCCUUCACCUCGCUGUGUCUGCCCGCGCAGAACUGGUGCGCCAAGUGCAAUGCCUCCUUCCGCAUGACCUCCGACCUGGUGUACCACAUGAGGUCGCACCACAAAAAGGAGUAUGCGAUGGAGCCCUUGGUGAAGCGGCGGCGAGAGGAGAAACUCAAGUGCCCCAUCUGCAAUGAGUCCUUCAGGGAGCGCCACCACCUCUCCAGGCACAUGACCUCGCAUAAUUGACUCGGAAAGGACCCCAGCUUUCCACGCGCGCGCAAGCACAGUUAAGCCACCUGCAGGAAUAAACACGCGAGAACAUCCACCGCUUCCUUGCACCCCGAAACACUGCACAAAGACACAUACAUUCACACCCCCCCUCCCCAACGCGCACACACACGUCCUCUCCUCCCAGGAACCUCAUUCAAAUUUUUACCCGGGACACACAUACCCCCCCCCCCCACACACACACACAGACACACACAGACACACACACAAGAGCCAGGAUGGUGGAGUUUUGAUUGGGUGGGUUGUUUGAGGGGGUUUUCUUUUGAAUGCACGCAUUUUCACUUUCCCCAAAACAAAGGUACAUUUUUAAAAAUGUCAUAUAUUGCAACAUAUUGAUGCAUUUGUCAUACGUUUCUACUUAAAUUAUUAAGCACUUACGAUUUAGAUGUAAUAAUUAUAUGUAAGGGCAAAAUUUAUUUUAGAUAUAAAGUAAAGGAGGAGGGUGAGAUUCUUUCUGCAUUUCUUGAUGACAGUUUGUGUUCUUACAAAAAUAAACAAAAUGAAUAAAAAGGGAUCACCAUUCAAUUUGAGUUUCCAGGGGGAAGUGCAUGUAUAAUGAAAUGAUAAUGGACUUCAAUGAAGAAUGUCAUCAAUUAUGUACAUAUGUAUUUUCUUUUAAUACAAAGUGUAAUUUUGUGCCAGUGAAAUGGAGUCUGAAUAGUUAUGUGUUUCUUUUAUCCUUGGAAAUAUUUAUUAAACUUUAUAGUUUAUCGGAGUAUGUUGGAUGCUUUGACAAUAAAUGACUAUUUUCUUCAAAGCAAA